GUACAUGACGGCACAUGACAGUAGCGUUUCAAACGUCAAGGUAAGGCAAUAUGGCAUCUAGAAUACAAAACUUUACUGAGGAACACAAGCUGUACAUUCUCCAGUGUAUUGAGGAUAAUAUUUCAAUCAUUGAAGACAAGAGGUGUGACGCCAAUGCGUUAAAAAACAAAUCGACAGCAUGGGGAAGAAUCAAGGUAUCUUUUCAAGGUCGUUUUGGCAUCAACAUUGACACAGAUAAAUUGAAGCAAUUAUGGAAACGACUAAAGUUAACUGCCAAAAGAGAACUACGCAACUACGAAAAGGAACUUAAAAAAACUGGAGGGGGGCCACCGCCCAAGGACGUGUCAAAUGUAUCGCAUAGAAUAAUCAGUAGGAUUCCCAGGGAGUUUGAACAACUGACCAACCCAUACGACGACGACGCUGACGACCAUGACGAACAAGGAGAUAUCUCAGCGGAAGGCGAUAAGUUGAGUCCCGACGUCCAGGUAGUAAAUGUCAGCAAGGGAGCCCCUAUACCGUCAACAUCAACAUCAACAUCAACAUCAACAUCGUCCGAGUGUGUGCGUGAUUCUGUCGGCCCAAAUGUUGACUACUGCGACGAUGACAUCAGCGUAAGUCAGUGUCAUUAUGAUAAACUCCCCAUUCUUACAAAGAGAAAGAGACAAUCGACCGGUUCAGCUAGAGAUGCGACACCCGAGACAACCCUUCUGCAGCUCGCACGAGAAGAACACGAACUAAAGUUGAAGUACAUGAAGGAAGAACACAACCUAAAGAUAGAAAUUCUGUAACUGCAGAAAACACAUGCAGAAAAUCAACUUUGCACCCACAAUGUCGUGUGGGUUGGCGAUCGUUCAUACACUGAACUGUAGAUCAUUAAUGGAGAACUUUACGUUGUCCAUUGUUCUGCAAGUGUAGAUUUCUGAAUCUAUGUUCCGUUAUGCAGUUCAGACCUGUUUCGAUGUUAUUCAUAUGCCUCGUAUUUUUCUUUCC